AUGGAUACAAACUGGGAGUCGCCGAGGGAUUGGGGGAACGAAAACCAAGCCCCUGGUGAAAAAAAAGAAUCGGGAGACGGAAAUUGGGGCUCUGGAGAUGGAGGUGGAGGUGGAGGUGGAGGUGGCUUUGAUAACAAUGCCUGUCGAAGGUGUGGUGGUACAGAUCAUUUCGCUCGCAAUUGUCCCAACGAUGACAAUGACAAUGGGUACAGCGACUCUUCGCGUGCUUGCUACAACUGUGGCCAGACUGGUCAUAACAAGGCAGAUUGCCCUGAGCCGCGAAAGGCCAGUGGUGCUUGCUUCAACUGUGGUAAAGAAGGUCACUCCAAGGCGGAUUGCCCUGAGCCUCGAAAGGGCGAUGGUGCCUGCUAUAACUGCGGUCAAAAAGGUCACUCCAAGGCGGAUUGCCCCGAACCUCGAAAGAUGGGCGCGUGCUUCAACUGCGGUGAAGAAGGUCAUUCCAAGGUUUAUUGCCCCAAGCCGCGCGAAUUUAAGGGAACUUGCCGUCUCUGUGAGAAGGAAGGUCACCCAGCCGCUUUAUGCCCGGAGCGCCCCCCUGACAUCUGCCGAAACUGCAAAGCCGAAGGACAUCUGGCCAAGGACUGCACAUCCAAUCGUAAGUUCGACUUGAACCAUAUCGCUGAUCUAAUGCCGGAGGAGGCAUGGUCCAAUAUGAAAGCUGCAAGUGAUGAAAAGGAAAUCCAGGAAUUCCGCGAGGCUCUUCAGGUUUAUUCCAAGGCGGUGCCAUUGUCUACCUACGCCGACAUCGAAAAGAAAAUGCGCGAGGGGGAGUUCAAGAUCCACCUCAUCGCUCUGGAGAAGGAGCCGGUGGAUGUCAUGAGUCUCAUCGAUCUCCAAGGCCAACGUGAUCGUGAAUAUGUCGUGGGAUUCUUCUUGGCGGCAAAGCCUCUGCGAAAGCAUCUCCUUUCCCGAUGGCCUUCUGAUCCUGCUAAUAAUCUUGAGCGACUGGCAAAUGCUGGACUGCCAUUCGAUCGCGAGAUAAUCAAGUGCCGCAACUGUGGAGAGCUGGGCCACCUCAUGAAAGCCUGUAAAGAGGAACGCAGGGAAUUUGACCGGGUCGAGAUUAAAUGCAGCAACUGUGAUGAAGUCGGCCACCGUGUUCGUGAUUGCAAGCAGCCGCGCAAGUCCAGGGGUGGAUGUCGGAACUGCGGAUCUGGGGAACAUAUUGCUAAAGAUUGUCCGAAACCUCGUUCUGCGGCGGGUGUUGAAUGCCGCAGAUGCAAUGAGACGGGCCAUUUCGCGAAAGACUGCCCUAAUGUUGAAGCUCGGCCUCGUCGUACCUGUCGCAACUGCGGUUCGGAGGAUCAUAUCGCACGCGAUUGUGACCAGCCACGAGACCCAUCAACUAUGACAUGCCGCAACUGUGAUAAGGUGGGCCAUACUGACCACCGUUGCCCCCAGCCGGCCGGUGAAUCAGGCUUCGGGGAUUCUUAUCAGAACAAUCAAUCUAGCGCCUAUGAUGCGUGGGGUGCAGCAACUGGAGGUGACCAGCACGACACCUCGCAAGAUGAUGGUCAUGGCUGGAAUCCUGCUUACGUCGCCGAGGAGGAAAAUGAAGAAUCCAAUCGCCAUUCCACUGGUCCUCAGUGGUAA